ACACACCCACUCCAAAGAGAGUACAGUAUGCCCACACUCAUCACGCGGACGUACUCCAUCGUGCACACAUAGCUGUUUAGAUAUUCACUAGCUACAAUGCACAUACGGAUUAAUUUUUUACACCGUUGCAGUCAGAAUGCAUCGAAAUCUGGAAUACAUGUAACACUUUUCCCUCUCGAUCUUUGAAUUCUAAUUCUGUCCAGGACUGUGGUUUCUUCUUCGGUUAGAUAGCCUACGAGGAUACGAUCACUGCCAAAAAGAUUCCCAGAGCCAGCUGUCCUGCAGUGUGGCAGGUGAGGACCAGAGAGAGGUGAGGCGCGAUCCUGAAGAUUUGGACAGUAUGAGUUUGGUGGAGAUCAGACAGGCUGUUGGGUCCAUGACCCUGUCCCUAUCCAGCACAGACUCCAAGGAGAGGUACUUUGACCGGGUGGAUGAGAGCGACCCUGAGUACCUCCGCAGCAGGAACAUGUCACCUGAAAUACAGCAGGACUUCAACAUGAUGGAGCAGAAGAAGAGAGUCACUCAGAUUCUACAGAGUCCAGUGUUUAAGGAUGAACUGGAAGGACUGAUCCAGGAUCAGAUGACGAAGGGCAAUAAUCCAACAGGACUGCUGGCUCUGAGGCAGAUAGCUGAUCUGAUCAUGGCCAGUUCUAUGGGAGGGCCAGGCUCCUUCACAUCUCCUCUCAACCUAAGGAUGGUCACCCCGGUCAAUGACCUCUACGGGGUAGAGUCUGCAUCCUUUACUAAAGGGGAGAAACAGUGUCGCUGUAAGCUAGCCAGUGUCUACAGACUGGUGGACCUCUUCAGCUGGGCCCAUUUCACCAGCUCAUACAUUACUGUCCGGGUUAGCAAAGAACAAGACCAUGUUCUUAUCAUCCCACAAGGGCUCUCUUUCACUGAAGUGACGGCUGGCAGUCUGGUGAAAGUGAACAUGAUUGGUGAUGUUGUCGACCAGGGAUCCACCUACCUGGAGGUGGACCACUUUGGCUUCAGCCCUCACUCUGCUAUCUAUUCCAUGCGCCCUGACAUCAGGUGUAUCAUACACAUCCACACCUCUGCCACCGCUGCAGUGUCCUCAAUGAAAUGUGGCAUCUUGCCAAUUUCCCAAGAGGCUCUGGUUCUGGGCGAUGUUGCAUACUUCAGUUACCAAGGCUUUUUGGAUGAUCAAGACGAGAAGGUGGAGUUCCAGAAAGCCCUAGGGCCCACUGCCAAGGUGCUUGUUCUGAGGAACCAUGGCCUGGUUGCUCUGGGGGAAACCAUAGAGGAGGCUUUCCACUACAUUUACCACUCACAGCAGGCUUGUGAAGUCCAGGUCAGUGCUCUGCGGUGCUCUGCAGGAGUGGAGGACCUGGUGCUCCUGGACAGGGAGAGGCUCAAGCCCCUGACCCACGGAGUGGCUGCUGCUGGGGUCACCGUGGACAGCGAGGUCAAGUGGAAAGUGGGCGAGGCAGAGUUCGAGUCACUCAUGAGGAUGUUGGACAACCUGGGUUACCGGACAGGCUACGCAUACCACCACCCCAUAGUGAGGGAAAAGAUUCGGACCAAAAACGACGUGGAGAUUCCUGCCACGGUCUACACUGUCCCAUUGGUGGACAGUGAUCUGGGUCAGAGAAAACCGUUUAACGUCCUGGUUCAGAAACAGAAGAGGGAGAGGACCCGCUGGCUCAACUCUCCCAACAGCUACCUGAAGGUCAAUGUGCCUGAAAGUUCACCUAGUGGAGAGUGCAGCCCCAGGACCAAGACCAUGUGGAUGAAAUCUGAAGAGACCAGCAAUGGCACUGGCACCCCCAUAAAGAUUGAAGACCCCAACCAGUUUGUUCCCCUUAACACAAACCCCACUGAUGUUCUGGAGAAGAGGAACCUGAUAAGGCAACAGAACACUGGUGAUCACAUGACUUCAGGACCAAAGUCCCAUCUUCUAGCUGGCAUCGUUGUGGACACCAUACCAGGACCUGCCUUUAUCAUUGAGGAUGAGGAGCAGACACGCUCUCUUCCUCCCAACCCCUUCAGUGAGCUGACAGAGAAAAUGCUAGAAGAGUAUAAGAGUGUUUUGGAGCAAAGGCAGCUGGGUCAGGAUGAUGCUGAGGAUGUCACAGAUGCAGAUGAGAUGACAACUUUUGACGAGUCCACCAUCUCACUGUCCCUGUCUCCACUCAUGUCUCCAGUCAAAGAGAUCAUACCCAAUGGGAAAGACUAUAUGGAAGAACUGGAGGAGAAACUGAACAUCAAGGUAUCCAAGAUCAGCAUCAGCACCACAGAAACGGUUGAAAUCUCCAUCACAGAGAAAUCAGGGGGAGACAAGACCCCUGAGAGCCAAACCAAGUCCCCAAAGAAGAAGAAAAAGUUUCGCACUCCCUCCUUCCUAAAAAAGAAUAAGAAGAAGGAGAAGGCUGAGGCCUAGGAUGGAGAGAACCUGAAGAAAGCCAGGUCAGCUUGUUUGGUAUGAGAUGAGAUCAUAGGAUGAGGUGUGUUCCUUAGAGAGGGAAUGUAUGAGUCACUAAGAUCUUAAUAGAUCUCUAGCUUUUGGGAGGGAGCAACUGUGACAAUAAGCCUGUUAUUACGAUCUUCUUAUUACUCAAUUACUUCCUCUGAGGACUCCACACAUGAAUAGUAGGCAUGGUGAUGAAUGUGUAGUGUAUCAGCUUUAUUGUUCUCAGUAUGUACAAUAGCCAAUUCGCCAUUGUGUAAUCAAAACACAUAAUAGUAUAUAGCUACAGAAACUCAUUCUUUUAAAAUCAAAAAACUCACUGAAAUACCACAUUUAGCCUGCUAUGUAUUUGUGUUCAGGUCCUUUUUCCAGUCGGCUCAUCCUUGAAUGUACAGUAGCCCAUAGUUGAAGGUAAGACAUGUAAAUGUCAUGAGGCAGUGUCAAGUGAGUGUUGUAUCCUGGUCCCUGAAUGUAUUGAAUGUAUAAGAAGUGUGGUUGGUUUGUAUCUGGACCUAGACAUAAUAAUGCUGUUUUAGUAGAUUUUUAUGAGUAGGAUAAAGUAUGGGUUGUAGUUGUGUUUCUGAUUUUUCGGUUAACAUUUUGAUUUACACUACAGUACAUAUUUGUGUUCUUAAUAAUCCAUUUGUUAUACAUAAUACUUUUAACAAUGCAAGACAGAGAAGGCAGUUUUAGCCAGGCAGAAACUUUUCAACUUUUAUUUAUGCCAGUGAUAUUAUUUUAGUGGUUGCUGCUUAUUCGUUAUUGUGAUUAAAUGGACUGAUAGUAUGAUGAUUAAUACAAUCUCUAAUCCGUUUUACCACAUUCACCGAUAUGUACACAUGGGUAUCAUAUGACUGAAAGCGAAAUUACAAGUGUAAUGAUAUGAGAUAGCUAGGCCUAUAUAAGGCUAUGGAAAUGUUAUAUGUAUGUGCUGUGUAUGUGAAAGACUGUCUCAACUAAUAUCUUGAUAGAUCAUUUGAAAGUUGAUUAGGCCAUACAAAUGUAAUAAAAUGUUUAACGGAUGCCCCUCUUAACAUAUAUAUUUUUUGUUGUUGUUGAGAAAUCUGAUAUUGUUGGAAGAAAUGCAAGAUUGUAGCAAAAAAACAAUGUUGUGAGGCUUCCAGUAGAGAUAUACAACUUCCUCUCUGAUUAUGGCUGAAUUGUACCUCUUUUUGUCUCCCCAAGAGGCUAAAAUCUCUUGAUUAGGUCACCAGGUGUUAAACUAAGGUCCCUAUAGUAUUUUAACAAGAAUGAGUCUACUUUUCACAAAUAUUUAAAUAAAUGUGUGUGGCCUUAAUAGCAAUAUGUUAUAAAAAAGCUAUUCUCUGAACCUGAGUUAAACCUAAAGACAAAGUAAAACAUCCAGAGAUGGUAUAAAUUGAGGAUUGGAUUUAUCCCAGUAACCAAUGUGAAUGAUUUGCUUCGAUCCAAAAGGAGAAACAUGGUUUUCCUUUGUAAAUACUGUGUUUUGUGAAGCUGUUUUUAAAUGCAAUACUGAAAUGAAGGUUGAUCAAUUUGCAACGGUCUGCCAUUUUAUUUAGUAUGUUUUGAUGCUUGUCAGUUUAUGGUCUGUUGAAGUAUUACAAGUUUAGAUGCAUAAACCCUGUAUAUCGUGUUCCCAUUCCCAGUUUGUAACCUGCAUUACUAAUGCUUAUAUUGUCCUUGUUCCUUUGUUUGAAUUGCUUUUGUAUGGACUGAGCUUUUGUAAUAUAACUUUUGCUCUGUAUAGCAGCUUCAUAGAAUUUCAUUACAUUCUUUAGGAAAUGACAUUUCACAACAUAUAAUAAAAACAGUGUGUGUUUA